ACAAAAGCUUUGCGCUUCAGGGCUGGUAUGAGAAGUUAUUGGGACAUCAGCAGUUGACCAGCGACCACCUCACUGGAACUUUGUUUUGUUUUGUUUUUUAAAUAGGAAGAUGUUCGGAAUUCAAUGGGUGCAUUGCUCAACAGCUGAAUGGGGCCCACAAUAUUACCUUGCAGCUUUCCUGAUCAUGAUCACCUGUUCUGGCCCAGUCUCACCCCUGCAUGCCCCUCCAGUGACAACAGGUCUCCGCUCGGCUUUCUCUGCAAUACGAACCAGUAGCAUAGUAGGGGGCAAGCAGAGUGUUGUGACUUUUAACAAGCUUUCGGUCAACAUUGGAAGGGAUUUCAAUCCAGACACUGGUUACUUUCGUUGCCGUGUCCCAGGAGUGUACUACUUGUCAUUCUCAAUGGGGAAAUUUCCAAAGAAAAUACUGUCUGUAAUUUUGGUGAAGAACGGGCGGGAGGUGCAAGCCAUGGCGUAUGAUGACGACCGCAAAAAGGGCAGGAAAGUUGAAAGCCAAAGCAUAAUGAUCGCAUUGGAGGAAAUGGACACAGUGUGGUUGCUGUUGCAGCAGAGUUCUCAGUAUGCUUUAUAUAGCAAUGCCGGCCCUUACAUCACCUUCUCUGGUUACCUCGUCUAUCCUGACAUCUCUUCAAGCAGAUACAUCAGCAACCACCUGACUCCUCACCCAAACUGUCCCCCUCAGGCUGAAUCCUGGGUCAGACAUGAGCCACCAGAGCAGCCCCGAUCGGCCUUUUCUGUGGCACGGACGUCCACUUUCAUAGGUCGGAGUCGCGAGCCGCAGCACAAAUCACCUCUGACCUUCGAUGUAGAAUUGGUCAACAUUGGAGGGCAUUUUAACAAAUCCUCCGGCAGGUUCACAUGCCGCUUCCCAGGGGCCUACUAUUUUGCAUUCACGGUGGGGAAACACCCUCGUAAGGCUGUUUCUGUGAAGCUGAUGACUGGUGAGGGUGUGGUGCAGGCCAUGGUGUUUGACGAGGACGCGUCCAAGAGACGGGAGAUGCAGAGUCAGAGCUUGAUGCUGUCUCUUCGCCGGGGUGACACUGUGUGGCUCUACAGUCAGCACGAUAAUCGCUAUGCUGUGUACAGCAACCAAGGGAGGUACACCACUUUCUCAGGCUUCUUGGUGUAUCCUGAAGCCAACGCACAUACACACAGCCACAAAUAAGAACAGAAUUUAAUAAAUGCCAGUAUUGCUGUUUAUUUUUCAUUUUCUGAAAAUCUGUGUAAAAGUAGUUUAACAAAAGCGUUUUACUAUUUUCUUUUUUAUUUGCCAUGGCUAUCUAUGCAGUAUGUCUGUGAAUUGACUAAAGAUUCCAGUGGGACAUUCAUUAGCAUAUAUUUCCACGUGGGGGUGCUGUGACACAAUUUAUUCGGAAGUUGCAAUUCACCAUCUCAAUAUCUCUCUUCCUCAAAUACCAUGUACAUGAGACACAAUUUGAAUUAUAUUGCAUGUAAUCAGAGGUUUUAGGUAAAACGGUUUAAGGGCAUGAGGCCAAUGGUGUAAAUUUUGUAUAGUGAUCUUGUGGGUUGGAGAACUUGGGACGUUUAUAUUAUAUUUAUGUUAAUAGUGAUAUGUUUAGGUUUUGUGUAUUUAAUACAAAAUUAAAUAUAUUUGAAAUCAACGAGUUAAUUCACACUUAUCAUUUCUUGACAAUGCAAUAUGGUAUAGUAUAUAGAGCUGGAUUGAAUGUAUAAACAGUAAACUAUUGGAUUUUAAGAUGCUAUGUAAUUUCUACAUGCAGUAAGUAAUAAGAAACAUGUCAUCUGCUAAUACAUGAAAUAUUAGCAAUAUUGUUCUGCUGCUAUUCCACUGUGAAAGAAAAAACACAUGGCUCAUCAUUAUAACUACUUUGAAUUGUAAUAAAUAGAAAGAGACAGUCGUGAUUCCAAAAUACUGCACAUUUAAUAUUCGUUACAAAAACAAACAAACAAACAAAACAAAAAAACGCUAACAGCAAUUCUUUAAUUAUGAAACUGGUUCAAUGCGCAGCACGAUGAGCGUGUGAUACAGCACGUCUGCUCCACAGUUCUAAGGUUGUGGGUUAGAAUCUCAGCUCUGUGUAGAGUUUGCAUGCUCUCUUCGCGUGUGGAUUUUUGCUGGGUACUCUGGCAUCCUCCAACAUUCCCAAAAGAAAACCUACAUGCUAUGUUACUUGAAGACUAAAUUGUACAUAGGUGUGAAGGUGAGUCUGAAUGGUUGUUUGUCAAUGUGCGUUUGAAACGAUUGUCUGGCAACCAGUUCAGGGCGUGCCCCACCUCUCGUCCAAAAUAAAGUG